AACGAUUAAUGGUGUUCAGAUCCAUCGUCUCUCACCCUAUAAUGAUAAUUGAUAAGGGACUUAAAUAUAAUUUUGUAAUAAUUGAGGGCUUUUGUGUACAGCUAUUCUUGUUGGGUGGCUGAUUGGUAAUUGACCAAGAGGGAGAGGUCAAUAACAAGAAGUAAGUUGGUUGCGUAUGUGCUGGUGAAGAUCAAAACAAAUAAACAUCUGCCAGGGAAUUAUAUUUCUCUUUCUUCUCUGUUUCAAUUUCCAUCCCAAGCUACCGAUCACCCUUUCCCCUUAUCUUUUCCUUCUCUUCGUCAUCAUCAAUACUUCUUCUUCUUCUUCCUCUCCUCCUUUCGAACAACCCAUUUCCCGAUUUUCCAUCUGUGAUGAAGUAACCCCUUUUGAUCCCUGUUUCCCCUUCAUCCAAUUCUUCCUCUGAUUCUCCCUCAAUUGAGUGUCGGUUGAUCUUUUUCGACGAUUUCAGGAGACCAAUCCACUGCGAUAUGAAACCGAACUGGUGUUGAUCGUUGCUUCUGCAAUUUGCUUUCUCUCCUCCGGCUUCAGGAAGAGAGAAGAAGGUUAGGAGACGUAACAAAAAGAAGAAGAAAGACAGAGGAUUCGAGAAUCUCUCAAUCGCCUUCUUACGUACGUCUGCCAGAGAAUAUCUCCUGGGGGUUUCUUCACCCUUUUGUUUGUUUCGUUGGUUGGGUGUUGGAGGUCUCUCAAAAUUGAUUCAGUUUUGGCUUGUCGGCUUCGGAUUCUUUUGGAUCGGCCGGAGUUUCAUGCUCUCCGCCGUUGAUCGGUGAGCCGUUUCCCAGAGAUUGUUGUGUUUAGCUUGAUCAGUAGGCGUCGGUAAGGUCGGAUUGAGAUGGGUUUUUCAUCUGUGCGCUCCCUUUUUUUCUCUUUUCCUCUUUUUGGUUAUGAUCAACAUACCAAUUCUCAAAAAGAAGCUCCCUCGUAUUGUUUUGGGUCCUGUUUGUGUUCCCGCCAUUUAUGGUGAUGAAGGAACUGGUGGUGUGUGGCUAGGAUUUCCCCCAUCGGAGCCCUUUUUUGACCAGGCGAAGUGGCUCUGGAGAACAUUUCAAAGAAAUGAAUCUGCUUUUGUUGGAUGGAUUUGUGUUGUUUGUAUCGGCUGAUUGAUGGGGGGUUCUGUUUUAUUGAUUGUGAGAAUUACUAAUGUCUUUUUUGAGUAUUUUGCCAGUAGCUUUCCAAUGUCUGGUUUUGGUUGUUUGUUGCUUGGGUCCUUGUGUUCUUUGCGUGCCUUGUGGCUUCAGUGCUGAGUUUCCCAGUAGGGGCAGUAUGCUUUUGCAUGAAAGAUGCGAACUUUACUUGCCGAGCCAAACUGAGGCCAAUGUUGAUUGUAAUCGCGUUGGUGCGAAGUAAGAGCUCCUUGGAGCAAAGGGUAGUUUGUCACAACAUAUGGGCAUUGGGUUUUACUAGUUUGAACUGACGUUUUUCAUAUUAGUUUUCUGCCUUUUUUGAAUGUGUGCUGCUCAAUGAUAAGAGUCUUUUGUCCUUAUUGCUAUGUUUGAUUUUUGAACUAAUAUGGAAUGUGUUUCAUGUUAGUUUUCUGCCAUUAUUGCUGAUCACUGCUUAACUUCCUAGGUAGAUGAGCUGGAAUUCCAUAAGCAAGAUUGAAUUGAGUUUGCGAGAAAGGAAAUUAAGCUAAUUUUGUGUCUUUUGGUGACAAUGUGAUUGCAGGAGAAAGAAAGUUUUAGUCUUUUAGUUCUUCUCCCCCAAUUUGACAACGUUUCGGGCACUGCAAUUCGCCUUCUCCAGCAGUGCCCAAUGGACGCCACCGCUAGUGGAAACCCAACGGUUCAAUUCCACACCAUAACAGACCAACCCAUUACUGCAAUUGUUGUUGCUGUUUCGAAUUCUGCUUCAUCCACAUUUCAAAGGAACACCCGCCAUUGCUAUGGAGACUCCACUCCUGGAGAAUUCCCCUUGGCUGCUAACCCUUCCAUUGUCCUCCAUGUCCUCACCGCAUGCAAUCUGGACCCUCAGGACCUUGCCAAGCUCGAGGCAACAUGUUCCUUCUUUAGGCAGCCAGCGAAUUUCGCCCCUGACUAUGAACUGUCGAUAUCAGAGCUUGCUGCUUUGGACAUGUGCCAGAAAAGGGCGAUCUUUAAGCCAAUGACAAUUGAUGAGCGUCAGGAUUUGAAGCAAAGAUGUGGUGGCUCAUGGAAGCUCGUGCUGAGAUUCUUGCUGGCUGGAGAAGCUUGUUGUAGAAGGGAGAAGUCCCAGGCGAUAGCUGGACCUGGUCACAGCAUUGCUGUGACUUCCGCUGGUGUAGUUUACUCAUUCGGCUCGAACAGCUCUGGACAGCUCGGGCAUGGCACUACCGAGGAGGAAUGGCGUCCUCGUAUUAUCAGAUCAUUGCAAGGAAUUAGGAUAAUUCAAGCCGCUGCUGGCCCGGGGAGGACAAUGCUGAUUAGCGACGCAGGCCUAGUUUAUGCUUUUGGUAAGGACUCAUUUGGAGAGGCCGAGUAUGGAGUUCAGGGUUCCAAAAUGGUCACAAGUCCUCAACUUGUUGAAUCUUUGAAGAACAUAUAUGUAGUACAAGCUGCAAUUGGCAACUUCUUUACUGCUAUUUUAUCAAGAGAAGGGAGAGUUUAUACCUUCUCGUGGGGAAACGACGGAAGGCUUGGUCACCAGACUGAGCCUAACGAUGUUGAGCCUCACCCAUUGUUGGGAGCACUUGAGAACAUCCCUGUGGUACAAAUUGCUUCUGGAUAUUGCUAUCUUCUUGCCCUUGCCUGCCAACCUAGUGGCAUGUCGGUGUACUCAGUUGGGUGUGGAUUGGGUGGGAAGUUAGGGCACGGGUCGAGAACCGACGAGAAGCAACCUCGACUGAUCGAGCAGUUCCAGGCAUUGAACCUUCAGCCGACGGUGAUCUCAGCUGGUGCUUGGCAUGCAGCUGUGGUUGGCCGAGAUGGACGAGUGUGCACAUGGGGGUGGGGUCGUUAUGGCUGCUUGGGCCACGGGAAUGAGGAAUGUGAGUCAGCUCCUAAAGUCGUCGAGGCUCUCGGCAAUGUGAAAGCUGUUCAUGUGGCUACUGGAGACUACACCACGUUUGUGGUCUCUGAAGAUGGCGAUGUGUAUUCGUUCGGUUGUGGUGAAUCGGCUAGCCUUGGACACAAUGCGGUUGUCGAUGAAGAGCAAGUGAACAGGCACGCGAACGUGUUGAGCCCCGAGCUGGUGACAUCACUGAAAGAAGUGAAGGAGAGAGUGGUCCAGGUCAGCCUGACCAACUCCAUCUACUGGAAUGCUCACACUUUCGCUCUGACAGAAUCCGGGAAGCUCUAUGCGUUCGGGGCGGGGGAUAAAGGUCAGCUUGGGGUAGAGCUGGUGAACAACCAAACUGAAAGGGGCAAUCCAGAAAGGGUGGAUGUUGAUCUGAGCUAAAACUAAGAACAAAAUAACAGGAGAAAAAAAAGGCCAUAGCUUGCACAUAGCAACACAGCAAAAUGGCUUUGCAUCUGAUGAUUUGGGGGUUUUUUAUAACUUAUGAAUUCAUGCAUCCAUCAAUCUCUUAGGAACUUGCAUUCGGCGUCGUUCUUAAGGAUCAUUUGUCUAGAUUUGGGGUUUAAUGUUUAUGGUGUAAAUAGAAGGAACAAACAGUACAGAAGAACUGUGAAGGGUUUUUCUUCUCUUUUGUUAAUUUGGGUUUAGGGUAGUAGGGUCAGGGGAGGGUCCCAGAAAAAAGCUCAGCAAGCUGAUAACUGCGCCAUGGCUAAUGGUCAAAUGUGUGGCACUGGUAGUUAUGGGUGUCUUUUGGGGCUCUCUUGACCCAAACUUGUUAAUAGCUCUUUAACAUUUCAUUAAUAACUUGUUAGUUUGCCUCCAUGAAAGCUUCUCCAGCAGUCUGAGUUGUGGGCUGAUUGUGUCGAUAUGGACAAUGAUUUCAGCAGCUGCUGCAACCUGCAAAAUUCUUUUUAACUCAAUGGGUUCUUGAACAACUGUAAUGGUAAACAGGAUGACAUUAAACCCUUUGGAAAGUGGAUGACAUUAACCCUUUGGAAGCUUCAACAAGCAUUUGGUCUUGUGAAGCUUUCAGUGGCAGCCAGCCAAGAAUCAAUAAGCAGAACAGCAGAAGAAGCAAUUCAAUAGUAACAAACCAAAUCUGGCCCUUGCUUUUAUCAGAAGUCCCAAGAAAUGUCUGCUCAUAAACAUUUUUAAGUCUUUGGUGACUAUAGCCACCACGGAAUUGAGGUUCAUUGGGAAGACAACCGCUAUAGUGACAGGAAAUUGGCAUCUAGCCUGCUUAUAAACCUCUCCUUUUCUAGGUUGGUGUGGUGGGUCGAUUGCCCCAUUAUCAAUGCUCAUUUGUCCUUUGAGCAGGUGGCGUAACUACACGGUAAAUUUUGCAUCAGUUAUAUGAUCAUAGGAUAGGCUUCUCAGAGGUGUGGCUUAGCUUCAUAGUCCAUAUAAUAUCAAUCCAAGUGAAAAUCUGGGCUGUGGUCUAUUGUUUCUGAAAUUUUGUGUGGUACGAUUAGGAACUAUCAAACAUGGCAGAGAACUGUAAGAAUGGCUCUCAAAAUGAAAUACAGAUUGCAUUUUAUCAAUGACUCACUCUCUAUGCAAGAUCGUAGUGGAUUGCUGAAUUGAAUUGGUGGAUCAAUGAAUCAAAUGGAUUGGCGGAUUGGAUCAUGGAUCCAAAAAAGCAUCUAAACAGUGGUUGAUAUGUUUGUCGAGUUGCAAUGCAGAGUUGUGGAUGGCAGCAAACCAUGCGUUGGAGCAGACGAAGAAAUAAGAGGAAAAAGGGAAUCAAACUCGGGUCAGAAGAACAAAUCCAUUGUCAACUAUGACUUGGUCGUUAGUCACGGUAAGUGAAUUUUAAAUUACAGUUUAAAUUACCAUUAUGUUUUUACUGUAGAUGAACUUUAUCAAGUAUAAAUAAUAAACUCUUAU